AGCUUGGCGGCUGGUCGUGAGAAUGGUGCGUUUCUUAGAUGAACAAAGCAAAUUAAAUUAUUUUAAGUUCAAAGUAGAUAAUGUCGUCUGAGCCUACAAAAGUGGACGUAGAGUACAUUAGUGAGGAAAAACUAUUAAAGGAAAAUAGUGGCAGUCAAUCACCUCUAGCUCUCUUAGCAGCAACCUGUAGCCGACUUGGCCCCGCCAACAUGGGGCCAGAACAGGACAAAGACCAGCAGCAUUACAGCCCACAGCAACAGCAGCAAGUGCAACAGCAACAGCAACAACAGCAGCAGCAACAACAACAGCAGCAGCAACAACAACAACAGCAGCAGCAGCAACAGCAACAACAACAACAGGUCCAACAACUCGUACAACAAGGCGAAGUUGCGCUCAUACAACAAUACCAACAGCCUCACUUGAGGGUCAUCAGCACUGCUGUUGUGCAACAGCUCAGAGCGCAAGGGCUGUCGGGCAAUGAACUGUCUGCGGCGAUUGUCAAUGCAGCAAGCACUGUACCUAAUGGUAUACAAGUUCAACAACCGCAGGUGAUAUCGAUGCAGCAGUUGCAGUCCCUCUUGGGCGGAGGAGUCGUCCAGAGUUCAGAUGGCGCCACUUAUCAGAAUGCGUCACAACCCUUAUUGCAAAUACAUCCACAACUUUUACAGCAACAAGCUGGGAACGUGUACGGUAGUUGCCUCGUGGGGGGCGUUGGGGGGGGCAUGGCUCAAAUGCAAACGGUCACCGUUGACGGACAAGAGGCGCUCUUCAUACCAGCACAACAUGCUCAGAAUUUCUCAGGCAUGGGCCAAGUGAGCCUCGUGAAUGGCCAAUUAGUUCGGACACCAGUGUUGCCAGCGGGCUUCCUACAAAAUGUCAUGCAUUUACCCACAGAGCAGCAAGCGACGAUCACUAUCCCCGGUACUAACAUAAGCAUCCCUCUGAGUGCCCUCGGGAACCAAGUGAUCAUACCGGGAACGAACCUUUUAUCCGGGGUCCUCCCGAAUCAGUUGAACGUCGUUAGUGGGGGGGAGAAGAAGGACAAGGAACAGAGUGACGCACAAGGCGGGGGCGUGGCAGUCCGCGGUGGGGUGGGCGGAGUGGGGGGCAUGGGCAUGGUGCCAGUGCAAGUGCCCGUGAGCAUGGCCAACGGACACACGGUGUACCAGACCGUGCACGUGCCCAUACACGCGCCGCAUUUGCAGAUUAUACCACAGUUACAACAGAUGCAAGCACAGCCCCAGGUGGCGAACGUACUGACUCCGUCAGGACAAAUUCAGCAGAUACAGAUCGCUUCGCUUGGCAAUGUUCAGCAAAAUGGUGCUACACAAAACGCAGUCAGCGGCUCCCCCACACCCGCUACUAUAACGCUGCAGGCGGUGAAUCAGAUCCAGACUGAUGCGAGUGGGAUCCAGCAGCAACCCACGCAGACCAUUAUAACGACCACACCCAAUGGGCAACAACAGGUCACGGUUAUACCUGCAUGUAAUAAUGUGAGGAGUGCUAAUAUUGUACAGAUGCCAACGUUGGGCGUUGGGGGGUUAGGCGGUGCUGUCCAAUUGGUCCCAGCUAUGGGACUGCCGGGUGCAGUUCAGUUGGCACAGAUACCACAAGCGCAACCGCAAGCGCAGCAACAGCAAACAGUGUCUAUUGGUCAGCAGAUACAACAAGACCCCAAUGAGCCAGGCAAGUGGCAAGUCGUGACGGUGAGCUCUGGCAGCGGUAGCAACGGCAACGCUGCUAGUCCCACCACGGAGUGCGAGGCCAGCAAGCAGAGGUCCGAAAGCCCCAAUGGGGGGAAGCGGUUGGUCAAACGGGUCGCCUGCACUUGUCCGAACUGUGAUCAGGGGGAAAACCGCAUGGUGGACCGCAAGAAGCAGCACGUCUGCCACAUUCCAGGCUGCAACAAGGUGUACGGCAAGACCUCGCACCUUCGAGCUCACUUGAGAUGGCACUCCGGGGAGAGACCCUUCCUCUGCAAUUGGCUAUUCUGUGGGAAAAGGUUCACCCGGUCAGACGAAUUACAGCGACACAGACGGACACACACAGGAGAAAAGAGAUUCGAGUGCCCCGAGUGCAGUAAACGGUUCAUGAGGUCCGAUCAUUUGGCCAAACAUGUCCGGAUACACACGAAGAAUAGGAUUACUGAGGUGGCAACAUCAACACAGUCCAUGUAUUCGGAUUCAGCGGAGGACAGUUGCGAAGAGAAAAUGAUGCUAACAAUAGAAACGAUACACUCCAAUGAGAAUGAUGAGAAGCUGGUGAUGAUCAGGCCUGGACCCAAGAUGGAGCCGGAUCAUGUGGACAGUUAGGACGCGCUUGUCUUGGAUUCCGACCAGGAAUAAGGUCUGAACCAAGAAACAGGGAAAUGAACUACUAUAGGUGUACAUUAUACUUGGUCCAAUGGAGUGUUAACAAAAUUAUUUAGUGGGUUCGAAGUCAGUG